CCGAGGAAGGGUUAACGAAACAGAUCUGCGCAUGCUCAGAUUCGCGACAAUUCAAUCUGUUUCCAUAUCGCGUCCUUUUCAAUAGGGACCAGGCGCUGGUUCUGUGCAUCAUCAGCGAGCGCCGUGAAGCGGGAUUGUUUUGAAACGCAGGCUAAGUUAACACGCAAUCUGUGACGACCCCGCUGAGGAGUCCCCUGCAUCAGGAUGAACCCGUGGGACGCGCCGGCGCAGCCGCUGACCGGGGUCGCUCAGAUCAUGGCGAGGUGUGUCGCUGCAGGCGUCCUGUCUCAGGAGACCCUGGACUCAGUCCCGAAGGAUCCCGACCUCUUCUCUCCUCAGCUGCAGCAGGCUGAGCAGAUUGCAGCUGUGAGGAGAGAGAUCGACCAGAAAAGCCUGGAGGUGGAGCUGCUGAGGCUGGAACGGGAAGGAGCUGAUGUCACGCACCCAUUCCACCUGGCCCAGAAGUUUGAGUCGCUGCAGCGGUUCACCUCCCACCUGCAGGGGGUGCUGCGUGAGCAGAGGAGCCUGCGACAGAGACUCAUGAAGCCGCUGUGCCAGCAGAACCUGCCCGUGGAGGCCAGCCUGCACAGGUACGUCGUGGAGAUGCUGGGCCUGGCCAUCGACUUCAUCGAGCGGCUGGAGAGCAGCGUGCAGGCCAAGCGCUUUGCCCCCUCUGUCGCACAGUCAGUAACCACCCUGGAAAAUUGUCUGGCCCGGCUGCUCUCCCUGGUUAGUGAGAUGGAGGAGCUCUCCGAACAAGUUCUGCAGUGGAGGGGGGUCCAGGCCAGCCCCCCAGCGCUGCUGACGCCAGGAAGGAUCGCGAAAAAACGCAGCUGAAUUUUUCAUACAACUUUAAAACAGAUGUCUUAAGUACGUGUAACAAUAAGUAGCUUAAAUUGCAUCGGAAAUUGACUGGAAGUUGCCUGGUGUUUAAUGGGCUUAAUGGGUGUUUUAAGUUCAGGAAACGGGAGACGAUUUUCAGGCACUUUCCUUUGUUGAAACAAUUUGUAAUGGAGGUUUUCCACAACUCUCCCCAGUAUGCAAAGUUCAAGGAACACAAUCUAAACUUUAUUCAUCUGAGCCACUUGUCAUCGACUAGAUGCUUCAACAGUUGCCUGGUGUUACAUUGCAUUUAAAUGUAUAUUAACAAGACAUUAUAAAAGCAUUUCUUUUUCAUGCCUAUUUUUAGCUUAACGUUCUUACAAGUUUCUAUUUUUGUAUUCCAGGAAGUGAGCUUGAUAUGGUAGUAGGUAGAAUUGGCUGCUGCUGAAUGUGAAUGUUUGCAGAAUGAGAUGCAAUGUAUUUGUAUUUAAUAAAACUCUUUUAGAUUUGGGUA